UUAAAAAAGUGAACUAUUUUUACAAGGUACGUAUUUUUUCAAAAAUUUUUAAAUUUUUCAGUUUCACGGUUUUUGGCGAUGAUAAAAUUAGCUUACUUUAUUUUCUUUUUUACUGUAAUCUUAGUACCUUAGGCAGAAAUUUACGAGAUUUAAUUUAGCGAUUAAUGAAAAAUUAGAAAAAUAUUAAAGAAAUCUUUUUUGUGUGAUACAUAAACUUUCAAGAGCUGAAAAACCCCAAAAAUUAUUUUGACUUUUCAAAACAUUUGCGAAACAUUGUAUUGAAAAAAUUAUUUUCUUCCUUCCCAAAUUUUAAGCGAAAAGAAUCAAAAUUCACGAAAUCUGCUAUAUAUAGGGAUGAAGUUCAACAUAUUUUUCUAUACAACAGCAAUAAAAAAUAAGUGCCUUACCAUAGAUAUGAAAUUCUGGGAUACAGUAUCCUUCUAAAAUAUAAAGUUUAUAUGCCAUUUGCCAUAAUAAUGCUUUUUUCAAGUGUGUGGCUAUAAAAAUAGCCGUUUAAUUAGUUUGUAUAAGAGGUUCAAUGACCUUUGUCCAGUGAUACAGAUGAUUUUUUUAUCUCGGUUCGAAGUGAUCUGGUCUUCUUUUUUUUCGAGGCAAUUUUAUGUAGUUCAAUUUUAUCUUUCACCAAAGAAAACGUUCGCACACGGAUGUAAAGUGUUAUCAAGUGAUCCAACAAAUUCAACGCUAUUUCUUUUUCAACUUUUUCAGCAGAAAUAUUUCUCAAUUUAUUGAAAUUACACAAAAUGUAUGAAUUUUCCAUAAGUUUUGAUACCAUUUUUUUGCUGUCUAUAGACGAAUUUCCGUGUGACGUCACAUAACCAGUUCCCAAGCCUCUGCGCAAAUCGACAGGCAAAAUGGCAGGCAAGAUAGUAAACAAAUAGGGUAAUUGCUUAUUAAACGAUCGUUUUAAAUCGCUUAAAAAGUAAACAAACCUUUCGAUCGAAACUUGCACUACCAUUAUGAACUCCGUUACUAAGAUUUUAAUGAUAUUCUCCAUCGCGGGCUUUUAUUCUCGACCAUUACUUCGGCUUUACAAGCCUACACACCAGGAGUACGCGAGUAAGCAAGUCCUGCAUUGUGUUCGACUAAAUAGCUGCCUUUAAACUGCGACGUUUUUAUAUCCUUGCCUUGGAAAUUUUUGUGGGUAAUUGAUACAGCCCAAAAUAUGUACGCGAGGUAUAAACACAGACCAAGAGUUGUACAGAGUAUAAUGCGACAAAACGAAAGCGGCCGCCUCGUGGUCUUCACUUCCAAUAUGUCGACCGAAUACUUCUCGAAAUUAGUAAGUGAAGAUAAACAGCAUUAUUCAAAAAAACUCACGCUUGCCAACGGAACACUCCUACGCGACCCUUUUUCACUGAAGGGAGAAGAUUGGAGCGACGAUGUAUCAUUGCUACCCGAUGUUACGCAUAUGGAUUUGUAUGUCUAUCUCAUCCAUACACCCAGUGAAUUUACAAAUGAAUCUUUGAAAGCUUCUAAAUCCUUAGAAGCUUACAACUAUUAUCUUUCUGGGCAUGUUCAAGAUGUUUAUUGCCACCUCUUGAAAGACGUUGAAUUUUGCUACAUUAAAUCCUCCGUACUACCUAGUCAGAGACAAGGACAAAAGCAAAAACUAUAUGAUGUAUGGAUCAUUUUACACACAAGUGGAUGGGUACUUUCAGCAAAUUGUACCUGCGUUGCUGGCCUUGGCUCGGCAUGCAGUCAUGUUGCUGCCCUUUUGUUCAAACUGGUUGCUUGUGCUACAUUGGAGUUAAACAAAAAAGCUUGCACAAGCAAAUUAUGCUCAUGGAAAAAAUCUAGAAAAAGAGCACACCCUGCACCUCUGAAGCACAUAAACUUCAAAAGACCAAAAAAAAGCGAAGUCCUGCCUACUAUAGACGAACCUUUUGAAGGUUAAUUGAA